CUUUCACAAAAGAAUAGAAAGGCAAGAGAGACAGGGGAAACAAAAUGAAGGAAAGCAACUGCAGCUGAUUUCUUGCAAGAAAGGUGAGCCCAAAUGUCAAAAUUACAGCCUACAAAGUAGGAUACCUAACUAUCCCAUUCCCAUUCCGUGUGGCCUUCUGUGAUAGCCGAUGUCAAAUGAAAAAAAUAAUCUCAUUUUGUUGGCUAUCAUUGUGAACCCAUAUUUGUCUUUGAUAGGCCUAUAUUCAUAACAAGUGUCCCAAAAGACCAACAUGAGUCGAUGUUGGUUCAAAUAUCCAAAUGAUAGCAAAGCCUAUUUGUAAAAUGAAUCCCACUCAAUUUCAGAAAAUGUCACGAACGUGAAGAUGCCCCCUGUCGCAGCAGGUGCAAAUGGUGUGAACUUGAGAGAAGCCGAGAAGAUGAAGACGAUGGGGAGUUUUUCUUGUCUCGCUAUUUUGCUCUUUUGUGGCUUCAGUGCCGCGGAUUGGGAUGUGCUGAAGCCCUUGCCGAAGCCUGAUGGCCUCUACACUGACAUGGGCAUGUGUUGGAUCAUGGGCAACCCCCACUUCCGCACCUUCGACAGCACCUAUUACAACUUCAUGGGCAACUGCACAUACAUGAUGGCUUCAAGCCACUGUGGGGAUGGUGAUGGUGUUGGUGGUCGUGAGGUCCCCUUCUUUGCCGUGGAGGUGAAAAGUCAGAAGCGCCCUGAUCAGGAGAUACCUGUGGUGGAGAAGGUCACCGUCAGGGUCUACGACUACACCUUCACUUUCCAACGCCAAGAAUAUGGAAUAGUGAGAUAUGACGACAACCUGUGGUAUCUGCCAAUGAGCCCGGACCUCUUCAGGGUAGUCCUGUUGCAAAGCGGCAUGUCCGUGCAGCUGGUGACGGACUUUGGGCUGGAGGUGCUUUAUGACUGGAAGCAGUACCUGGUGGUUAUGCUGCCCGAAUCAAUGAGGGACAAGACCUGUGGCCUGUGCGGAAACUUCAACAGCAAGGGCCAGGACGACCUGCUCCUGCCAAACGGCAGCCCUGCUGGCAGCAUCUCGGAGCUGGGCAACGCCUGGAAGGUGCGUGGUGCUGCCGGUGACGCCAACUGUGGCGACAUGUGCGACGGCCACUGCGAGAAGUGCCAGAGCAGUGCGAUAGGCCACCUGGCCAACAAGGUGUUCUGCAACCUGAUGACCGACUUGAUGAACGGGCCCCUGAAGGAGUGCAGCGCCAUCAUCCCCAAGAAGGUCUACCAUGACUAUUGCAUGUACGACGUAUGCAUGGGGAAGGGCAUGAAGAACUUCCUGUGCGACACGCUGCAGGUCUACAGCGAUGCCUGCCAGAGGGCCGGCUUCAGGGUCUUCAACUGGAGAAGCCUGGCCGGAUGCCCCAAUCCUCAGUGCCCCAAGAACAGCCACUAUGAGCACUGCGGCACCGCCUGCCCUGCCACAUGCGCCAACAGAAAGGCAGAGUCCAACUGUAUAUCUCCGUGUGUCGCCAGCUGUGUGUGUGACGAGGGUUUUGUUCUCACGGGCAACAAGUGUGUCCGCGAGUCUCAGUGCGGCUGCCUGUACAAGAAGACCGGAAGUUAUGUGCCACCAGGUACUACCUUCUGGACAGACAACUGCGAGGAGUCGUGCACCUGCGAGGCCGACGGUCAUCUGAAAUGCACAUCAAACGGGUGCCCGAGCGGGAAGGAGUGCAAGGUGGUCAAGGGGAAAAUCGGUUGCCACCCCUCGACUUACGGCACGUGUACCAUCUCAGGAGAUCCCCAUUACAAGACCUUUGAUAAGCAUGCGUACGACUUCCAGGGCACCUGCACCUAUGCUGCUGCCAAGGCGUGCCACAUUGAGGACACAGACCUGCAGCCUUUCUCAGUGGUGGUGGAGAAUGAGAAGUGGAGCAGCGAACCAAACAAUGCUGUGGCCAAGGCGGUGGUUGUGGAGGUUUAUGGACAAACAUUUGUGCUGAGGAUUAACCAAGUUGGUGUAGUUAUGGUGGAUGGUGUGCUAACCAAUGUGCCUUGUGACAUCAAUGAGGGUCAGGUGAAAAUUUACAAUGAAGGCUGGUACGUUGUCUUAAAAACCGACUUUGGUCUGAGGGUGACCUAUGACCUUGUCUAUCGUGUCACCAUAACUGUCCCCUCCUCCUACCAUGAGAAAACCUGUGGCCUGUGUGGCAACUUCAACCACAACAAAUAUGAUGAAUACCGUUUGCCCGACGGCAAAGAGACCAGAAGCAUCAAAGAAUUUGCUGCAUCCUGGAAGGAGUCCGUGCACGGUGUGGUCUGUGAUGAUGGUUGCACGGGUGACAAUUGCCCCCAGUGCCCAGAGCACAAGAAGAGCAUUUUUGAGAAUGAUUGUCACAUUAUUAAAGACCCCAAAGGACCUUUUGCUGCCUGCCUGAAUGUAAUCGACCCUGAGUCGUACUUCAGAGAUUGCGUGUAUGACGUUUGCAUGGGCGAUGGAGACCGCCACAUGCUAUGCCAUAGCAUCGCUGCUUACGUGACCGACUGCCAGGACUUUGGGGUAGACAUUGGAGACUGGAGGACUUCCAGCUUCUGUCCCUUGUCAUGCCCUGACCACAGCCACUACAAAAUCUGUGGUCAGACCUGUGACAAACCUUGCCCUGGACUCACAUCCAUCGCCUGCCCUGAAACUUGUGCAGAGGGCUGUGCCUGUGACCAUGACUACUUCUACAACGGGACUGGCUGUAUCAAAUGGGACGAGUGCAGCUGUUACUAUGAUGGCCACACAUACAAGAUUGGUGAGACUGUGGUCAAUGAUGACUGCACUGAGCGCUACACCUGUGAAGCCUCUGGCAAGGUGAAAGUUGAAAAAAUACACUGCAAAAGCGACGAGAUCUGCAAGGUGAAGGAAGGUGUCCGCAAGUGCUACCAACGCGACUGCUUGUAUGAGUCCGAUGGCGCCUUCACCACAUUCAGUGGUCAUGGAGGCAACGUUGAUGUGUCGGGGGCGUUUGAGAUCAUCAAACUGUGCGAUGGGGCUCUGGUAGAGGAGUUUUUCCGUGUGGUGGUGAAACUCGCUGCAUGUGGAAACUCUGGCCUCAAGCGCGUUGAGGCUGUCUACGUCUUCUUUGAGGACAUGGCCAUUACUAUUAACGCGAAGCACGAGACAUGGGUGAAUGGUAAGAGGGUCAACCUACCCGUCUUGUUCAAGAACGAGAUAUCGGUGAAGAUCUCCGAGGAGACUGUGGUGGUUGAGAAGAUCUCAGCUCUGCGUGUGACCUACACUGUGAUGCAGGAGAUUAGUGUCACUGUGAGUGACCACUUCACUGACAAGGUGUGUGGAGCUUGUGGAAAGGACAGUGCCACCUUCACCGUUGACAGCAAGACCAUCAACAAGUGGAUGGACAAGUGGAGAGCCCCUGACUUCCCAAGCUGUGACCUGUAAUGGACUGGAAUCAUCAGUGGUGAUUGACCAUUGGUAAAUUCAACAAGCAAUUCUACAUUCAACAAGGAUAAUAACCUGCUAAUUUCUUCUGUAAAGGCUUUGUUAUUAGCUGAUUUUAUGCUAAAAUGAUGCUACAAAUUUCACUGUAAAAUAGCAGUCACUUUUUUAUUAGAAAGCUUCACCCUCUUAAUAUGAAAAAUGAAUAGGCAUGCAUAUAUCUGUAAGCAUCUGCAAUACAUCUUUAAUAAAUGAAUGAAAGGAAAUGUU